AUGUUAAAGUUAAUCUGCUCUUUAAUGGUAAUACUUUCCAUUUUUUCAAGUUUAUAUUUAACUAAGGUCGAAAGUCGAGCUCUCCAUCAGAAUUAUGAUGGUGUACCAGCUUCUCAAUUUCAUCAUGUUCGUUUUAACAAACGUCGAAGUAUAGAUGAAAAUCAUCAUGACACGGAUCAAAAUGAAUAUGUUCAUAAUAAACGCAAAAGUGAUUUUCUGUUAUCUUUAUAUGGUUUACCAUACACUCUUAUAAAUAGACGAGCUUUUAGUUAA